GUGCGGUCAGAAUGUGUUUAAACAUAUGGUUGAAUAGUACUUCCAUCCAACAGAACUUGCAAGCAAAUGAAUUAGUAAGUGACGGGUGCCGACGCUGAAUAGCCAGCAAUGCAACAUAUUCAGCUAAAGCUCGUUGAUGAGCAAUAUAUUUCUGUAUUAUUCUCAAGUUCGCUCAUUUCGUUGCUCUGAGUUACCAAUUUUAAACGCUCCCUCGCACAUUCCAUGGAUACACGCUCUCCUUCGCUGCGCUAAUGAUCAUGUUGAGAUCACAAGCUAAAGAUCAACAAAGCUUUUAUCAGACUGUAGAAGAUAUUCGUGGAUUAUGGAAGCGUGAUAAAGUUGUGUGUAAAAAUAAAAACCAUAAAACUAAAAGUAUUGAACGACAGAAUAAUAACAAACGACCAAUGUGUGCGGCUACAAAUAAUACACAAUACAAUUUCAAUAAUAAUAAUCAACAAAAUAAUGUCGAAACCAAUUCGAGUGGUUCAAAUACACAUUUGGAUAAAGAUAAAUGUGAGAAACUCAAACGUUUCAUUUUAAUUGGAGUGCUGGCAGUGUUCGGUAUUGUUGGCUGGCACAUCUACGAGUAUUUCUAUGCGGGCAAAGGUGGUGGCGGCGAUGAUGGCACCUUUGUUGAACACGAAAUUAUUGACCUCACGCAGCGUCUUUUUGCUGACGAAGUGCGUAUAAACAAUUAUCCGAUCAACGUGAAUUUCCAGGGCAAAACAAAAUCAUUUGCACGCGACGAUCGCGCUGCAGAGCCUCUUCUAAAAACAGAUGACGCUUUGUACACAACAGACGCUUCAACCACCAUUCCAUUGUUGCGUAGACUAUUCGACAACUAUUUGCUCGAUGUGAAUGCAGUAGAAACCACCACAGAGGAACAGGCACAGGAAGAGCUGGACUUUCUCAAUGCGGUGCUUAAAACUUCCAUAAUGAAGCAUACAAUGUUAUUUCUGCAACAGCGAGGUCUCGUUGCCGCCAAUUACAAGGCGCAAAUUGAAUUACUGAAGAGAGUUUGGUUUACACAGUAUUCACGCUCCAGAGGUCGCAUGGGUAGUUCAGGUUUUGAGCAUGUCUUCUUGGCUGAACUGCGUGAUGACAACAUUUUGGGUUUACACAAUUGGAUUUACUUUCAUGAACAAGAAGCACAAGGCAAUUUAGAUUAUAAAGGGUUUAUCGAGAAAAUACAAUUGGAUAAGAACAAAUAUGUACUUGCCACACGUUUUACAUUCCACAAUCAUGUGAAACCCUAUAAUACGCUUUUUAUUGGCACCUCCCCGGAAUUCGAGCUGAGUGUUUACACUGUCUGCUUCCUGUUGCAUGUGGAAGAACCAUGUCCGGUGCAGAUGGGCAAUACGAAAUUCAAUAUUAAUACAAAUGCUUGGGAUUGGCAUGGACGAAAGACAUUGGCAGCAGCUUAUCCGAGUUUGGAAAAAUGAAAUGUGUAAUUUGCUGAAAAGCUUUCACGCCGUUCAAAGCCCGGAGGCUAUAGUAUUGCUGAAUUUUUUUAUAUUAAAUUAACAUAUUUUUAAUUAAAUGUGUAGGUAUGUAUGUAUCUUCAAUAUACAUAUGCAUUUAAUACAUAAAUUGAAUGUGUUUAAUUUACAAUUUUGUGCAAUUUGUAAAGUGCUUUCUGAUAAGGAGAUGAGACACCUGUGUCAAUAUGAAUAUAAUCAGCUAUUUGAAGAAGGAGCAAGCAUACCUAAUACAUCGCUGUAAUACUGCUAUUAUUUAAAUAAAGCAGUUAUCCGUAUUA